CAUUACGGUAACCACGGUCAGUUUCCUUAUAUUAAUACAAAAUUUUGAUAAGUUUUAAUAGAAUUAUACGUUACUUUGAGCUUUGUAAAUAUGUCGGAGUCUUCAGAAUCACCAAAUCUCAACAGCGUCAAACCAGAGUGGAUCAAGCAGCUAUUAUACGAUUCAGAAUGUGAAGAAUCGGAGACAUUCGGUUUAAAGUUAUUGAAGCAAGGAGGUCGCAGUGUUGUGUGGAACAUGGCCAUUACACUUGGUUACCGCAAGAAGGGCAUCCCCGGGCAGGCCUGCCGGCUGUUAGAGCGAUACUUCUAUUUCCUGUUUAGAUCAUACGCAGAAAGACCCACAGGGGCACUUCGAGACGCUAUCGUGGAGAACAUGAAGAGCCGUAUAAUGCUCUUAAUAGCGUGUUGCGUUCAACUAGCGGUUAAGAUGAGCUCGGCGGAGGCUCGGAUAAGUCCUAGAAUAAUACGAGUGGCUCUGCUCUGUAAAGGAAUCACGUGCACUGUGAAAGAAAUCAUACAGGCUGAAGCUGAGGUUUUUGCUGUUAUAGGUUAUCGGGUUCCGUUGCGGACUAGCGUAGACGUGGCAGAACAGCUGGCUGUCGAGGUUGGGAUGUCAAGUGGUUUGGUUAAAGCGAUAUCCAUCAUCAUGGACCUGGCGGAGUACCAACGUAACGACAUCGAGAGAAAGAUGCGCUGGGCCGCAACUGGAUCGACUUCUACACCUGGAUGCGUCCGUACCUUGCACUUGUGUGCUGGAGCUGUGGCAGCGGCUGCCACGUUCUACCCCGUUGCCAUGGCCACCACGGAUGCCGCCACAUGCGUGGUACAGCUCGCUAACAUAGUGAACUCACCACCCGCCUACAUCUCCUGUAUCGCUGACGUCAUCAUCUCACAAAUACUCAGCGCAGCCUGAUAUAUACUACAGACAUAUCGAUAACAUAGCUUAUAUUUAUUGCAUCUGCCUUUUAUAUUGAAUACAUAAUGAUGUGUUUGUUAUAAUUGUAAUAAUUUAGCGUUGUACAGAAAAUCGUUUUAUUAUUACGUUAGUAUUAUUGUGCGGUUCGGUUCUUUGGUCAGAUGUUAACGUUCGUAAUUAAUUGAUUUUUUAUGUAUAAGAAGGAAUUUAUAUAUAUAAACGCCUUACAAUACAUAAUAGUGAUUACUCAAUCAUAUAACAAAGCUAAUGGUAAAUAUGAAUUUACCGUAAUUAAUUUUAAAAUAGCUUCAACGCUCAAAAUCAAAAAAUUUACUGUGUUAAUUGAAAUAGGUAUAUCUAAAUAAAUUGAUUUCAAUUAAUUACGACUGCGUUUUAACGUACAAGUAAAGUAUAAAUGUCGGCGCUGUUCAUUAUAUAAGUAUUUAAAAACUAUCCAAGAGAUAUCGGAAGAUUGUGACGUAUUAUUAAGUUGUAAAGAAUAUUACUAUUAAGUAAUUAAAUUAUAUUUAAAAGGUUACCGACCUUCCCUAUUUAUAAGGU